UGUUAUAAAACUCUUUCUAGAUAAGAGUGACCAAUACCCCAUUUGAAUUCUCUCUCUCUCUCUCUCUCUCCCCUCUAAGUGAGAAGAAUGUCGAUUGCUCAGCUCAUUAUCUUGGUUGUCCUGCUGCUUCUGAUGACAAUUUCACAAAAGUCAGAUGCGGAGUUUGAGCAAUGGUGCAUAGCCGAUGAACAGACACCAGAUGAUGAGUUGCAAGCAGCCAUGGAUUGGGCUUGUGGGAAAGGAGGAGCAAAUUGCAGUGAGAUUCAGGUGAACCAACCUUGCUAUCUUCCAAACACUGUGAGAGACCAUGCUUCAUAUGCCUUCAACAAUUACUAUCAGAACUUCAAACACAAGGGUGCAAGUUGCUACUUCAAUGGUGGUGCCAUCACCACUGAACUUGAUCCCAGUCACAAUGGUUGCCACUUUGAGUUUCUUCCCUAACAUCAAGUAACGGGACACAAAAUUUUCAAAAUGAAUGUAGUGACAACAAUGAUGUAGGGUUAUUCAUUUUUAUGGUUUUUUUUUGUAUUCAUUGUGUCUUCCUUAAAUCAAAGACUAUGUUUUUUAUAAGGGGAAAUCAACGUUUCUAAAAAGAGGUAUAUUGUAAGAAAGUCAUAAUUUUUUUAAAUAAAAUUUAUAAAUAUUUAUAAUGUGUUACGU